GAGUCCGACACCAAGUAGGGCUUAGGAGCUCCAUCCCAGCUUUAUUUAAACUGCCAUUGUCUCUUCAAACUCUCCCACCAGCCAUCAUAGUCUAGAGUUGGAGUUCGUUGGUGUCUCUUCCUUCCUCUGUCCCAAGCAUCGUCAGCCGCCGUCGUGGCCUAAGCACCGCCAGAAACAAGUCCAGCUAUGGCUGCCAAAUACAUUGGAGCUGCAGUGGCAUCCUUUGCAAUCGUAUAUGUAGUCGAUACAGCUAUUGCUGAGAAGAAGAUAUUUGGAGGCACCACUCCCAAGACUGUUGCUGACAAGGAGUGGUGGAAAGCAACUGAUCAAAAGUUCCAGGCCUGGCCUCGAACCGCUGGACCACCAGUUGUCAUGAACCCCAUCAGCCGUCAGAAUUUCAUUGUCAAGUUCCAUGAAGCUUAGGAUGAUGAGAAGGUACGUUUUGGAGUCUCUUGCUGGAAAGGCAUGCAUUCAAUAAUCUCUGUUCUCUCAUGAGGAAUGGUUUCCUUCGUCAUGAUCUUCUUUGUAGUUUGGAUUUGUUGAAUGAGUUGUCCAACUGAAUAAAAUUUCAUGAAACUUGUUUGGAUGUGAUGAUUCAACGAAAGAUAGAAUUUGUGAUCUUCUGAACUAUUGCUGCAUGUUCAUCUAUGCCCAUCUCUUUAUAAAGCCUGGAUGGAAUUGCAUUGACUGGUGC